GGAGCCAAGAUGACUGUCAAAGCUUUAUGGAGUCUAUCUUUGCUAUUUCUUGGUCCUACCCUGCCCCUGUGGGGAACUGAAAUUUCCUGCUUAAAUGAAGAUGGCAAGCCAGUGGACUGGUAUAUUCUUUACAAAUUUCCAAUGCGUAUAAGAGAUAAAUCUGCUGAAAGUGGGCUAGAAUACAUGUUCAUGGAUUCUGUAACUCCAACCUGGACACUGAGUAAAUAUUUCAUCAACAUGACAGAGAGUGCUCUGGGGCAAACAUUACAGCAACUCUAUAAAAACUACAAGUCCAAGGAAAACACCACUGCCUAUGUGAUGUACAAUGAUGGCCCACCUAACAAAAUGAAUUAUAGCUGGACGCACGGGCAUUCUAAAGGGUUUCUGCUCUUGGACCAAUACCAAGGUUUCUGGGUUAUUCACAGUAUUCCUGCAUUCCCUCCAUUUCCUGAGGAUGGUUAUGGAUAUCCACCCACUGGAGAGAAAUAUGGACAGACUGUGAUCUGCUUAACAUUCCGAUAUGAUCAGUUUGUGGAAAUAGACAAGCAACUGUCAUGCUGCAAUCCAAAUAUCUACAACUGCUCCAUCCCAAAGACCUUUCACUCCAAGCUCUUCAAUCUGCAAAUGUUGUGUGGUGGAUCGGAGCUGCCUCCGGCCCCUUGGAAGCAACGCCUCGUGGAGCUCCAAUCUGCCCGGGGAGAAACUUUCUUCAGCUUUGCUAAAACACGUAAUUAUCAUGAAGAUAUCUACGUAGCCUGGAUGGCUCAGAAACUGCAGACAGAUUUUCUAGUGGAAUCCUGGCAGCGUAAGGGCCAUGCACUUUUCUCAAAUUGCUCUCUUCCUUUCCAUGUCUACAACAUAAACCGAAUCAAGGCACCAUGGAAUUCCUCCUUCUCUUCCUAUUACGAUCACUCUAAGUGGUGUGUUUCCAGGAGUCCUGAAAACAAAUGGACAUGUAUUGGAGACCUAAAUCAUACAGUUCAACAGGCUAAGAGAAGUGGUGGUUUUGUUUGCACCCAGAAUCAGUAUAUUUACGAGGCAUUCAGGUCAUUGGUUCUCCGCUAUUAUGAUUGUCGUCCUUCAUGAGUUUACUCAUAAGUCUCAGAGCACAGACAUCCAACCUGUAAGUCAUUCUUGACCAUUUCAGCUUUCAUUGUUUUUUAAUAAAGGUGUUUCCAGUCAUCAUUCUUUUAAAGAAACUAGAGAGUCCUGGGCAUGAUUUUCAGAGGUCGGGAAACAGGUUGAAUCUGUUUCUCUCCACCUACUCCUACUGACCUGGCCAUUUCUACUGUAUUUUUUACUCCUACAUACUCCAGUCUGUUCUAAAGAGGUUGUAUUCUGUAAAACCCUUGAUACUGGAAGACAUUAUAUUUAGAUAGUUGGUUCUUAGUGCAAAAUUGGAGGGCUGGUGUUAAUACAGAAUAUGGGAUUCCAUGGUAUAUAAUUUGGAUUUGUUUUUAAUCUUGGCGCGUACCCUGCUUGAAGUAACUAUACACACAGCUUUUGUUUAUGAUCUUGAAUAAUGUAUAUGCCAAUUACAUAAAACAGCUUGAAGAUGCUCCCUUUGAAUGUAGUUCUACCUGGAAAAAUAAAAGUCACUGAGCAGGA